AUGGGUGAUUUGUCUUCUUUUGACGCGGUAUUGGAAACGGCAGUCGCAUCUGCCAUAGCUUCUAUCAGGAAUUUGUCGUAUGAGCAGCUGAAUGAAAUGCUUAAUGACGAUUCGAAGAUUAAUUCGUUGGUCGACACCGUGCCUCAGGUAUCUUUCUUGCCAGAGCAAAGGGACCUCUGCUCCGCUCAAAACAAAUCUUUGUCAGAAUAUAAUUUGUCGCAAGAGCCGCAGUUGGAAGCAGCAAAGAUGAAACUGCUGAAAACCUAUGAGGAAACAAAAAAGCUCAAGGAAGAAGUUACGGAGUUGAAACAGAAACUUGAUUCCCUAUCAGAACAAAGAUCUCUGGAUACUCUAAGUGCUGUGCUGCAGGCUUCUGCUCAGAGUGCGGACGAUGAGAGUGAUGCAAUUGUCGAGCAGUAUUUGGGAUCAGAAAUCGAAGUUGAACCUUUUCUUGAUAAAUUCAUCGAGAAGAAGACAUUGGCUCACAUGAGAAAAAUUAAAUCUGAAAAAUUGUUGGCGUUACUGAGGCAGCAAAGAUAUCCCGCGAUGAAAACAUCUAUGAGUCAUUCAAAGGGGUAUAAAGGAAUGAGCACAAGUUGCUCUGCGGGUACGCCUUAUCCAUCACAGUAUACUGGCGGUUAUCCUCAGCCACCGAUGCCACAGCCUCGUCAUUCAUUUUACUAG